AUGUCCUGGUUGUCUCCGGUCCAAUGGGCCAAAUGGACAUGGUCAGCAGUGACAGGAGGUGGAGGAGAUGAUGGGCAACCAACAGCCAAAGAGGAAAAUUCAGACUCCGAAGGGACCUUUGAGACUCCAGAGGCUGAGUCCCCACAACUUGUGAAGCUGAUAGGCCAACUGGACAACUCCACUCACACAGAUUCUGAUAUUUCGAAUCAAAUUCUUUACAAGAACUCCAAUCAAAACGUUACCACAGCUCCGUCCCAAGAGGUUGACUCCCUGAACAAUCUCACUGGCUCCUCUCGUAACAAUGGAGGCUUAAGUUUGGAUCAGAACCUCAAUUUGACCCUAUGCACAAAACCUGGACCUGAAGAGGGCCUCUCCUCAUCCAGCCAUCUGUCCCAGACUCUGCGCCCGCCAUCUCUGCCUGUGGUCUCUCCACUGAAUAAACCUGAUCCGUCAGAGGUGGACGAAGAGGCCCCGGUGACGUCUGACUCCAGCCCAGACUCAAACUUGACCACCAGUGAUGACAUUUGUAUGGAUCAAGAUUUGCUCAAUGGGAACAGAAGAGAAAUUAGAUUGAGCCAUGAGACCGACAACCCAGUUAUCAUAAACACCUGUAAAGCAAAGCAAAACCAGCCAAUGCAGAAGGACUUGGGUGGAAAGGAUGACCAUCAUGGAGGCCACGCUACUGACGAAGAGAAGCUGGCAAGCACUUAUGAGGACACGUGCAAACUGAAGAGCUCAUCAGGGGGAAGUGAAAUGCAGAAAACGGGAACUCAGGUCCUGGAUUCCAUCUGCAUCAGUGAGGCAGAAAAACAGGCAGUUCUCACCCUUAUCAGAGAGGAGAUCAUCACGAAGGAGGCUGAAGUCAGUGACUGGAAGAAAAAGUAUGAGCAGAGCAAACAAGAAGUGAAUGAAAUGAGGAAAAUUGUCGCCGAAUAUGAGAGAACAAUUGCUCAGAUGAUUGAAGACGAGCAGCGCAACACUCUGAGCUCCCAGAAGGCUUUGCAUGCUGUGACGAUGGAGAAGGAGGCCGCCCUGGCAGACCUGAACUCUGUGGAACGCUCGCUUUCCGAUGUCUUUCGGCGUUACGAAAACAUGAAGAGCACCCUUGAGGGUUUUAAGAAAAAUGAAGAGGUGCUGAAGAAGUGUGCUCAGGAGUAUUUGGCCAGAGUCAAGCAGGAGGAGCAGAGAUACCAGACACUAAAACUGCAUGCAGAGGAGAAACUAGACAAGGCUAACGAGGAGAUUGCACAGGUGAGGACGAAGUCGAGCUCAGAGAAUAUGGCGUUAACUGCUAGCCUGAGGAAGGAGCAGAUGAAGAACGAGUCUUUGGAGCAAGCUCUGCAGCAGAAGAAUCAAGAGAUCGAGGAACUCACAAAGAUCUGCGAUGAGCUGAUUGCUAAAAUGGGAAAAAUAGACUGA